GUUAAGAGAGCUGCUAUUUGGGAGUCUGAGCUCUGGCAAGGCAGUGUUCUGAUUCUCCUCUUUCUUACACAGACUGACAAACAUUUGAAACAGCAAGAGGUGGAUAUCAAAAGAGGCAGGACGGCUACCUCACCCAUGUUCCCAGUGUAGAGCAUACACAGUGCAGACUAAAAGGCUUGCCUGGAGUAAAAAGUUGAAGUCAAGGUGAAGAGUUAGAAAAAGAAAAAGAGGAGCUAGCACUCGGGGGUACCAAGAAGCGGAUCUGGAGAGAAGCUGUGAUGGAAAAACUGAAUAUUUACCACGGACCCAUUGGUAAAGAAGAAGGGGAGCGGCGGCUGGCCCAGGACGGGCGGAACGGGUGCUACCUGGUCCGUAACAGUGACUCUGUGCUGGGUGUCUACUGCUUGUGUGUGCUGAGCAGCGGAUAUGUCUACACAUACAGACUUCACAAGGACGAAACAGGGACCUGGACGGCAGAGACCACUCCUGGUGUGCAGAAGCGAUAUUUCCGGCAAAUCAAGAACUUGAUAGCAACUUUCCAGAAGCCCGGACAAGGAAUUGCCAUGCCUCUGCUCUACCCUGUCACCGCUCAGAGACGGGCACAACACACAGAGGCUCAGACGCCCAGUAAUAGCCUGUCACCGACACACAGCAGCCCUGACUCUUACCUGCCGCAUGCUGCUGCUCAGGGACAGAAAAACAGGAACAAGAAGGAGGUGCGGCAGGCUGUCGGUUAGGGGCAAACCCAGAGCUCUCCAUUGACCUAAUUAUAAACACAAAUGCCGUCCUUGCGUGGUUCCUGUUGUUGCAUUUUUCACACUGUGUGUGGAGUAAAUGUCAUUUCUUUCCAAUUAAGCAGCUUCUGUUUGUUAAAUCAAAGUCAUUUAAGUUCUUGCAGCGCCUCAGAUCUCCUUCCAGUACCUCUUUUUUUUCUGCGUAUGCAGCACAGAAAGUGCCUCAUAACUUUCAGAGAUUUGAUGUAAAAUAUUCAGCUGCAGAAACAUUAAUAUCCAUUACUGUAUUUGUACGUUGACAGCAAAUAUUGUGCUCUGUUUUCUUAAUGCAAUUUGGUUAUGUGUAUGGCAAAGAAAAUAAAUGACACUGGUUGAAAUAAACUCUUUUAAAUGAGGUCA